GAACAUAUAUAUCAAGAACCAUCAGCUGUUUUAACUAUAUAUCGUGAACUAAAUGCAUUAUCACAAACAUAUAUUAUGAGGUUGUUAUUUGUAAAUCAACCUAUUUCUCAUCCAGUUUUCAAUUCAUGGGUUAAAUCAGAAUCAUUGAAAUUACAUCAAGAUGCUGUGCAAUUAUUAACCUCUUUAAAUAUUCUUAUAUCACCUAUAAACAUAUCUUUUCCAAGUUGGACACUUAAUCAUGUAUUUAAAUCAAGUUUAAGAGAUUUUAUAUUAAAAGGGGCAUUCAUUUUACUUCCAAAAUGUGAUUUGCCACCAGAUAAGCAUGCAAAAACUGUAGAAGCCUUAGAGAAAUAUGCAAAUGAACGAUGGGAGUGCGUUCUACAUUACAUGGUUGGUUCUCAUGUUAAAAAGGACAACGUAAGCAAAGAUACUAGGGAUUUACUUUUAUGCUCUGGUUUAAUGAAAGCCGCUAGCAACGAUUCUCUCGAAGUUUCUAUAUCUAAAGAAGGAUUCCAAUUUUUGCUCCUCGAUACCAACUCUCAAAUUUGGUACUUUUUGUUGUACCACUUUGAAAUGCUUAAGGAUCGCCCGGAUGAAUUAGUGGAAUCCUUGAAAUUUUUGUUGCAACUUAACUUCUCCGUCGUUGGACAAGAUUAUCCUUCUAACAACUUAAGUAUAACUAUAAACAAGUUAUUGCAAAAUCUGCGUGAAUUAGGCAUAGUAUACCAAAGAAAAAGAUCGGAUGGCAGGUUUUAUCCAACAUCUUUGGCCGUGAGCCUAAUUUGCGCGUCUCAGAACAGCAAGGCCUCGAAAUAUACCUCAUCAUCAACAUUUAACAACCACGACAAAAGGUUGGGUCAUAUCAUCGUUGAAACCAAUUUUCGGGUUUAUGCCUAUAGCGAUUCCGAUUUGCAAAUUGAAGUCUUGUCCUUAUUUUGUGAUAUGCAAUAUAGAUUUCCAAAGUUCUGUAUCGGAAUUAUAACACGUGAUAGUAUACGGCAAGCUCUAAAAUUCGGUAUAACGGCCAAUCAAAUCAUUAACUACCUCAAAGUUCAUGCCCAUCCUAUUACCCUCAAAAAUGCUAACCCCGUUCCCAUGACAGUUAGCGACCAAAUAAUGCUCUGGGAGAUGGAAAAAUGUCGUUUAAAAUUUACCGAAGGUGUUUUAUACAACCAAUUCUCUACGAGGUCUGAUUUCGACAUCAUUCAAGCAUGUGCUCAGAAUAUUAAUGUCGUUGAAUGGAGCAGCAGGAACAAGAGGGUGUUGAUAGUUAGUAAAGAUGGGCACGACGAAGUCAAAAAAUUUUGGAAAUCCCACAAAAGUUCUCCUUAAUACUCGUUUAUCGUUUUUAGAAAAUUAUUUGACGGAAUUAUACAAAAUUUUGUUAAAAAAUAUAAAUCUGUUAUAAAUAUUAUUAUAUAAUAAAUAUAGUGUAUAUAAUACACACCACAAU